GGGGAGAGACGGUUAGAGGCGGCGAGGGGCGGUGACGUAGGGAGGGUGUUGCGGUGGAGGCGGGAGCGUUGGCCCGCCUCGAGAGGCGGCGCGUCAUCCGGGGCGUGGGGGUGAUGGAGCUCAACGUGUGGGGGGCCAUCGAGGGGUAGGAGAGAGCUAUGGAGGUGGGGGGUAUGUGUGAGAGGGGGUGACCCCAGUUCCGUAGGGAGCAUGUAGGGGAGCAAGGGGGUCUCACAUUAAUGAGGUGAGGGGCCUGCAGCGCAGCCCUAGGGGGGUGAGGAAGCUGCAUAGCUACUUGGUGGGGGCAUGUAGGGUUGCUCUUAGGAGGAGGGGCGGCUUGGGGGGAGGGGCAUACAGUUCUCAACGAGUCUGAAGUGGGUUUGGUUCCAUUUCCCCAGCUCCUUAUUCAAGGGCCCAAACUAUUUAAAAGUGUAUCAGGGUAAGGUUAAUUCUAUAGAAAUGUCAUCAAAUUAACAUGGGGAUAAUCAGAAUCAGUAGUUGGCUAGUUAACAACAGCUGAAUGCACAAGACAAAAUGCUUCGUGGGGACACCUCAAGUGACGUGGCCCUGUGGCCGACAGCGUCAGACUGUCAUGAAGGAGGUGGGGCAUGCCACCCCCCCAUCCCAACGCUUUGUUCCUGCCCAGUAUGCUGCCAAAUCACUCCUUCACCCCACUUUUACAGUUAGGUGGUGCUUGAAUAUGGAGCUGGGUUUUGAUUCUAUGGGACAAACCAAAUAUUGGGUCACCCAAAGUGACCCAUCCCAGUGACCGGCAGAUGGUUCUCAAGGAGCUGGGAUAAGUUGUAUCCAUAACAAAAGCUUCUUUUCUGAGGUUGGAUUGCAAAAAACUUGCUUAAUUCUACCUUGGGCUUACCUUUCCCAUCAAAAAAUGGAGUACAGGACUCAGCUAUCACAUUCUGAGUGAGAGAAUCUUUUAAUCCAAAAUGGAGAAAAAACGUAGAAAGAAAUAAGCCUGUUUACUAGGCUUAACUUCAAAAAACCAUGAAAUCUAGAUUUUUGCUUAACUUGGACAAAACUUUGAGACUAUCCAAUUGAACAGCACAGCAAAGGCAAAGUUUAUUGAUACAAAUUUGAACUAAUUUAUAAAGAGAAAACGUGUCAUUUGAAUAUAUGGAAUUUUUGGAAUGAAACCAUAUUCUCUUAUGACCAUGAGGUUUGCAAACAUCUGGUUGAUCCUGAUUGUAAUUUUACUCUGUGGCAAAAAACACCUGGGUACAAGACUAGGAAAUUCCUCUCAUGAGGCCCACCUAUGUCCUGGAUGCUCUCGUCUUACUUUGAAAGUGGAAUUCUCAUCGACAGUAGUAGAACAUGAAUAUAUUGUGGCUUUCAAUGGAUACUUUACAGCUAAAGCUAGAAGUAAAUUUAUUUCAAGCGCACUGAAGAACAGUGAUAUAGAGAACUGGAGGAUUGUACCUCGCAACAACCCAGCCAGUGACUACCCUAGUGAUUUUGAGGUGAUCCAGAUCAAAGAGAAACAGAAGGAUGGAGUAAUGACACUAGAAGACCACCCAAACAUCAAACGAGUAACCCCCCAGCGGAAAGUAUUUCGCUCUCUCAAGUAUUCAGAGCCUGAUCCUACAUUGCCAUGCAAUGAAACCAGAUGGACUCAAAAAUGGCAGUCAUCUCGUCCUCUGAGAAGAGCAAGCCUAUCAUUAGGCUCUGGAUUUUGGCAUGCAACAGGCAGGCAUUCAAGCAGGCGUUUACUGAGAGCUAUACCACGGCAAGUUGCUCAAACCCUGCAGGCAGAUGUGCUCUGGCAAAUGGGUUAUACAGGUGCUGGCGUAAGAGUUGCUGUCUUUGAUACUGGAUUGAGUGAAAAACAUCCACAUUUCAAAAACGUAAAAGAAAGAACAAACUGGACUAAUGAGAGAACCUUGGAUGAUGGUCUGGGCCAUGGGACGUUUGUGGCUGGUGUUAUAGCCAGCAUGCGGGAAUGCCAGGGAUUUGCUCCAAAUGCAGAGCUGCACAUUUUUAGGGUCUUCACAAAUAAUCAGGUCUCCUAUACAUCUUGGUUUCUGGAUGCCUUUAACUAUGCCAUCUUAAAGAAGAUAGAUGUAUUAAACCUUAGUAUUGGUGGUCCAGACUUUAUGGAUCAUCCUUUUGUUGACAAGGUAUGGGAACUGACAGCUAACAACGUGAUCAUGGUUUCUGCUAUUGGCAAUGAUGGCCCUUUAUAUGGCACUCUCAAUAACCCUGCUGACCAGAUGGAUGUGAUUGGAGUAGGAGGAAUUGACUUUGAAGAUAAUAUAGCUCGUUUCUCAUCGAGGGGAAUGACUACUUGGGAACUGCCAGGAGGUUAUGGUAGAGUGAAGCCUGACAUUGUUACUUAUGGCUCUGGAGUGAGAGGUUCUGGUAUGAAGGGUGGAUGCCGCUCCCUCUCUGGGACAAGUGUUGCCUCUCCUGUAGUGGCAGGUGCUGUCACUUUGCUAGUAAGCACAGUUCAGAAGCGUGAAAUGGUGAAUCCAGCUAGCAUGAAGCAGGCCCUGAUUGCAUCAGCACGUAGGGUUCCUGGCGUUAACAUGUUUGAGCAAGGACAUGGCAAACUGGAUCUUCUUAGAGCCUACCAGAUCCUUAAUAGCUAUAAGCCACAGGCCAGUUUGAGUCCAAGUUACAUUGACUUGACGGAAUGCCCCUACAUGUGGCCCUAUUGCUCCCAACCUAUUUAUUAUGGAGGAAUGCCAACUAUUGUUAAUAUUACCAUCCUUAAUGGUAUGGGAGUCACUGGGAGAAUUGUAGACAAGCCAGACUGGCAGCCCUAUUUACCACAGAAUGGAGAUAACAUUGAAGUGGCUUUCUCCUAUUCCCUGGUAUUAUGGCCUUGGUCAGGAUAUCUAGCAAUUUCUAUCUCUGUAGCAAAGAAAGCAGCAUCUUGGGAAGGCAUUGCUCAAGGUCAUGUCAUGAUCACAGUAUUGUCCCCUGCAGAAAAUGAAUCUAAAAGUGGUGCAGAGCAGACUUCUACUGUGAAGCUCCCUAUAAAAGUAAAGAUUAUUCCUACCCCUCCUCGUAGCAAGCGAGUCCUUUGGGAUCAGUAUCACAAUCUUCGUUAUCCACCAGGAUACUUCCCCAGAGAUAAUUUGAGGAUGAAGAAUGAUCCUUUAGAUUGGUGUGUCUCUUCGGUUUUAUCUGAGAAAUUGAAUGGUGACCACAUUCAUACAAACUUCAGAGAUAUGUACCAGCAUCUAAGAAGCAUGGGAUAUUUUGUUGAAGUUCUUGGUUCACCAUUUACAUGUUUUGACGCUAGUCAGUAUGGGACCUUACUGAUGGUGGACAGUGAGGAAGAAUAUUUUCCUGAAGAAAUCACCAAGCUAAGGAGGGAUGUUGAUAAUGGACUCUCGCUAAUAGUGUUCAGUGAUUGGUACAACACUUCAGUGAUGAGAAAAGUCAAGUUCUACGAUGAAAACACAAGGCAGUGGUGGAUGCCAGAUACUGGAGGUGCUAAUAUUCCAGCUCUCAAUGAUCUUCUCUCUGUCUGGAACAUGGCCUUUAGUGAUGGGCUGUACGAAGGAGAUUUUACCAUGGCAAACCAUGAAAUGAAUUAUGCAUCAGGAUGCAGUAUUGCUAAGUUUCCAGAAGAUGGCAUUGUAAUUUCACACACUUUUAAGGACCAAGGUCUGGAAGUUUUAAAGCAGGAGACUGCUGUAGUUGAAAAUGUCCCCAUUUUGGGACUGUACCAAAUUCCUUUUGAAGGUGGAGGCAGACUAGUUCUGUAUGGAGACUCUAACUGCUUAGAUGAUAGUCAUCGGCAAAAAGACUGCUUUUGGCUACUAGAUUCUCUUCUUCAGUACACUUCCUAUGGGGUGAUGCCACCAAGUCUCAGUCAUUCUGAAAACAGACAACGACCACCAACUGGAGCAGGAUACUCUCUUCCAGAGAGGAUGGAAGGUAACCAUCUUCAUCGGUAUUCAAAGGUGCUUGAGGCUCACUUGGGAGACCCAAAACCUCGUUCUCUUCCAGCUUGUCCUCACUUGUCCUGGGCAAAACCACAGCCUUUGAAUGAAACUGCACCCAGCAACCUUUGGAAACAUCAAAAAUUAUUGUCAAUUGAUUUGGAUAAAGUGGCUUUACCCAGCUUUCGACAGAACCGACCCCAAGUAAGACCAUUAUCCCCAGGAGAAAGUGGAGCAUGGGACAUUCCAGGAGGUAUAAUGCCUGGCCGCUAUAACCAGGAUGUGGGACAGACAAUACCUGUCUUUGCUUUCCUUGGUGCAAUGGUGGUUCUUGCAUUCUUUGUGGUGCAGAUCAACAAAGCUAAGAGCAGGCCAAAGAGACGGAAACCAAGAGUCAAGCGACCACAACUUAUACAACAAGUUCAUCCACCAAAGACGCCUUCCGUUUGACAGACCAUGCUUGCCAAAGAUGUCCUUCUCUUAUUGGCUGCUUUAUUGGACAGGUGGUCGCUCCUGAUGAAGAUGCAUCAUAUAUGGUGAUCGUAACCAGUGAUUCACGUGUGACAUCAUCUCAUAGUCUUUGGCUUCUGACAAAAGGGACUUUUGAUCGUAUAUACAUAAAACUACGAUUUUCAGGAGCUAACCUCACCAAAGACUUGGAACACUGUUUAAAAGCCUGCUCAGUCGCUACAAGAGGGGGAAAAGGACCCUUUUUUUUUCCCCUCCCCCCAACUGACCAAACUAAAAUUUGUUUGUAAAGGGUAUUUUCUAUAUUUAUUUUGGGGGAGGGGGAGAAAAGUCACUUUAAGGACCUCUGCUAUUUGGAAGCAAAAUCAUUUUUUUCAGAUGGAAUGCAAUUUUGUAAUACUGUAUUGUGACAAAGAGUAGAAAUUACAUCGUACUCCUUUAACGAUGUAAGAGAAACUGAAAUUGGAGGGAAACUGGUACAAAUCAACGAGACAUAUCCAUUAGUUUAUUUUUAUAAAGCCAAACACCAUGAUGUUUUGUAAUUUUUGGUCAUGAUUUCACCAUUGUUGGUGGAGCAAAUUUUCAAUAAAUAUGUUAUCUAUAUGAAGCUGAAAAAAA